AUGUCAUUCACUCGGAUUCCUGGAAACGACGAUAUUUUCGUUGGAGGAGUUUGCGCACUUUCUCGCACUUCAGAACUCCGGAAAGCUGGUAUAACGCACAUAGUCUCUGUUUUUAAGUCUGAUUCGAGGACAAUUAAAGAUUGCGAGGGGUUUAAGCACCUCACUAUAGAAGUAGAUGAUUUAGAAAAUGAAAACAUUUUGGAAAGCUUUGAAAAAAGUGGCAAUUGGAUAGAGAGCGCGCUCAAAGAAAGAGGAAAGGUUUUCGUUCACUGUGCCAUGGGCAGAUCACGUUCUGUGACUAUCAUUCUGGCAUAUCUCUUACGCAAAUCUCCUCAGCUUUCAGUUCAAGAGGCGCUGUCUGUGCUACGAGAUAGUUACCCUCUAGCUGAACCCAAUAGUGGAUUUAUGGCUCAACUUGAACUUUACAGAGAAAUGCAGUGUACCCCUGAUAUUAAUAUGCAUCCAAAAUAUCAGCGUUGGCUCUUUGAACAAGACUGUAGUUCGGCACUUGCUGCUGGAGUACCACCUGAAGUAGUAAGAUUCAGAGAUGAAGAGUCAAACGAGGAUGAUGAUCGAAAUUCCAAAGACUUUAUUGAGCUCAGAUGUAGAAAAUCAACAUCUGCAUAUUUUAUUCAGCAUACUCCUAAAUCUAAACUCGAAAAUUUGAAAGAGGAAGCGGUAUCCAACUCAACUUUUGAUUCCUCUUAUCCGAAAGGAUUGCCAUCUACUUGUACUACGCAUUUUAUCAACCCAAUUUCUUGGAUGAAGCCCUUCCUUGACCAAGGGCUACUUAUGGGACGAUUAGAGUGCCCGAAUCAAAAAUGUUCAGCCCAGGUUGGACGUUACUCAUGGCAGGGUCAGCGAUGCUCGUGUGGCACUUGGGUAUGCCCAUCUUUCUCGCUACAAAAAUCUCGCUGCGAUCAAGUUAACGUCGUGAAAUAA